AUGAAACGUUCUGAAGAGUUUCAAAAAGAACUAUCCCAGAGAAGACUGACGUUUAAACGCUUGUCUCGUUUAAUGGAUGGCACCAAUAAAGACGAAACAGACCCACAAGAUCGAGUCCUUAUAGGCACACCUAUUGCUGAGGGACAUCAAAAUUAUGUCCUAAUGUAUAAUAUGUUGACCGGUAUCCGUAUUGCCGUAAGCAGAGUCACUGCCAAACUAGACAGACCUCUUACAGACGAAGAUUUCACUGCUGCCCAUAAAUUGGCCUUUGAUGUGAUGGGUGACGAAUUAACUCCUGGGGCUAAAUAUGAUUUCAAGUUCAAGGAUUAUUCUCCUUGGGUCUUUAGACAUUUAAGAGAGAAAUUCGGUGUUGAUCCAGCAGACUAUUUGAUUUCUUUAACGAGUAAAUACAUCUUGUCUGAAUUAGGAUCACCUGGUAAAAGCGGCAGUUUCUUUUAUUAUUCAAAAGAUUACAGAUUUAUUAUCAAAACUAUUCAUUAUACCGAACACAAAUUCAUGAGAAAAAUAUUAAAGGAAUAUCAUCAGCAUAUUAGCGAAAAUACUAGCACCCUUUUAUGUAGAUAUUAUGGUUUACACCGAGUUAAACUGCCACACGGAAGAAAGAUUCAUUUCGUUGUUAUGAGCAAUGUAUUUCCCCCUAGUAAAGAUAUACACGAGACUUAUGAUUUAAAGGGUUCAACAUUGGGAAGACUUUUACCCGAAGAAGAAAUUCUUAAAAAUCCUCAUGCUGUCAUGAAGGACUUAAAUUGGGAGAAAAGAGAACGUAAGCUUAAGCUUGGCCCUCAGAAAAGAAAAAUGUUUAUUACACAGCUUGUUCGUGAUGUUACCCUUUUAGCGCAACUUAAUAUUAUGGAUUAUAGUCUAUUAAUUGGUGUGCAUGACAUGAUGCGUGGCAAUAAAGACAACAUCCGUGAUGCUACUUUACAAACAUUCCAACCCAACACAAAAUCAGUUCAGCGUAGAGAUACUUUGAUGAAACGUAGAACAAGUAAAGCUCAAGUCGUUCGUACUGCUAUCGCCGAAGCAAACCUCGAUAAAUUAGAUGCUUCUAAAUUACCGGGAAACACACAAGAACGUCGCAACUGUGUAUUUUACGCAGAUGAAGGUGGCCUUCAAGGUACCGAUGAAAUGGACAGUCCAUUGCCUGUAUUAUAUUCAUUAGGAAUUAUUGAUAUCUUGACUCCUUACGACAUGAAAAAGAAGUCAGAGCAUUAUUACAAAUCAUUGACUCAAGACAAAAACGCCAUCUCUUCUGUAAAACCAAGUCAGUAUGGUAGAAGAUUCUUGGAAUUUAUGGCAUGCGCUGUACUGGAGCAUAAUGAUGACAUUCCACAUGAAUACAAGGUGAAGAGUCGUGCUAAACACUUUUUCAAAAACUAA